AUGGCAGACAACGGGGGAUUUCCUGAGGACGACAGUCUGAAAGGGGAGGAAGAGAAUGAAAAUAGUGCUACAGGCAGAGCCGAGUGGGGAAGUAAAAAGGAAUACGUGUUAUCCCUCCUUGGAUAUGCUGUUGGAUUGGGUUCACUGUGGAGAUUUCCUUACCUUUGCAACAGAAACGGCGGAGGUGCGUUCCUCAUUCCCUAUUUCGUAGGAAUAAUCACGUGCGGUGUCCCGCUGUUUUUCUUGGAGGUGACCAUUGGCCAGUUCUCCAACAUGAGCGCAACACAUGUUUGGGUAAUCUGUCCUCUGUUUAAAGGUAUAGGAAUCACCCAGCUGCUGGUGUCAUUCAUGGGUUCUGUACUGUACAUCAUCGUCAUAGCCUGGUCGUUAUAUUACUUGUACCGGUCCUUCGAGUCUGUGUUGCCAUGGACAACGUGUGACAACUGGUGGAACACGCACCUGUGUGUCAAUAGGCUCGGCAACGUUUCCAUCAGCGAGACCUACGUCAACAACUGCACACGGGAUCUGCUUCUAGAACACUCGGCGUGGAGGAAGUCGAACGUUUGGUUGGAAGCGCUGCUCCAAGGAUUCUACUCGAUGUCCGUCACAUAUGGCGGCCUCAUCACAAUGAGCAGCUACACCAAGUUCCACAACAAUUCACUGAGAGACGUGGUGUUUCUCACUGUGCUGGGUGAAGCUAGCAGUAUAUUCUGUGGUCUGGUUGUCUUCUCCACCCUGGGCUUCAUGGCACAUCAUGCUCAGAUACCUAUAUCAGAUAUUGUCUCAUCGGGUUCAGGCUUGGGAUUCAUCAUCUAUCCAGAGGCCAUCUCUCAUCUCCCUGUGUCUCAACUGUGGGCAGUCCUGUUCUUCAUCAUGCUAAUAACUCUGGGAAUGGACUCGCUUUUUGGUCCGAUGGAAACGGUUAUCGCUGGAACAGUAGAAGCAUAUCCAAGCUACCUGCAGCCCCGAAGAAUGUAUGUCACUGGUGGCGUGUGCCUGUUCUGCUUCCUGAUGUCCGUUCCCUAUGCAACCAACGGUGGAAUCUACCUCCUGCAGUUGCUAGACUGGUAUAACUCAUCAUUCAGCAUCCUGCUUAUUGGCUGCCUCGAGUGUGUUGUCAUCAACUGGAUAUACGGGUGGAAGAGAUUCGGCAGGGAUAUUCAGAUGAUGAUGGGGAAGCAGUAUCCCCUAGUGCUAAAACUCCUGUCUACCUACGUGACGCCUCUCAUUCUCUUUGCGUCCCUGGUAUUUUCCCUGUUUCGCUACGAUCCCCCAAGUUAUGGCGAGUACAUUUACCCUGAAUACGCAAAGGCGAUUGGAAUCUUAAUGGCUGUGGUGAUGUCCUUACCAAUACCGAUCUCGCUGCUGCACCAGCUAAUCAAAAGGAACGGAACUUUCUGCGAGCGUUUGCUUCAUGCAAGUAAACCGGCAUAUGAUUGGCGACCUUCACGACUCGAAAACAGGGAAGCCUUCCUCGAUAACACCGACACUCACCUCGACAACACUGACACCCACCUCGACAACACCGACACCCACCUCGACAACACUGACACCCACCUCGACUACAUUGACCCUGGUCAAGCAGACUCCUCAGCUGUCUAACGAAUCAUGGAUAUUUCAUUCAAUUUUAAACGAAACGUAUACACUACAGCAUACGACUUUAUGGAUAACAACUUCUUGUUUAUUAAAUAGAGAGACGUCAAUAGAGAGAACUCAACGUCUUCUAUGCAGUAAACAAGAAGCUGUUAACGAUGAAGUCGUAAGCUUU